UCAAGGUUCUAGAAUGAGCUUGAAGGACUUGAGAUGGCUUCCCACGGAACUAUGCCCACGAAUUGUGAUCUAAGCCCCACUGAGUUUACUGCUGAGUAACAUACUCAAGAUUGCGCUGCACACAGACACCGCCACUGCAAACAUGACAACCCAGUCCUGUUGUCUGAGGCUGAACACGAGCUAUUGUGUAAGGGGCGAGGUACUAUUUUCGGGUGCAUGAAAACUUCUUGUAGAGAGAGCGCGAAAGAAAGACAAGGACUGGUCUCCCUCCUUUGAAUCAAGUCUACACACACUGGCACGUCAAACUCUGUACAGAGGACUUUAUUAGUUCCCUGGGAUCACACUAGCGUGACAACGGUACCGGAGAAAGAGUUGACUGGACAUCUCCGCAUCGUGGCCCUUCCUCGCUUUCCCCUCUUCAUCUUCGUCCAAAUGGGGCCUUUCCUUCAAAUGUAUAUAAAGCACCGCGGCGCUAUUUAAUGUCGGAGGCUCCCUUUUUAAUUGUUCCUGAAAUGAAACAAACACUCCAAGGCGGAUUUUCUCAUCGCCGGCCCCUCUUCGGCACGUCAACUUGCCUCCCACCAGGUCGCUGUUGGAACAAGUUGGUUCAGCCACACAGGUGAGAAACAACACCUCUUGGAAUAUCAAAUACCUCGAUGAAGAAAUCCUACUUAUACGGAAAGCACCCAAGAUGGAAAAUGGUUACCACCAGCACCACAGCUUGCACAAGCCCCAGGAAUCUCCCACUUUGCCCGUCUCCACGGCCACAGACAGCAGCUACUACACCAACCAGCAGCAGCAGCAGCACGGAGGCGGUGGAGGAGGGAGUGCAGGUAACAACGGAAGCAGCGGGUCGCCCUAUGCACAGAUGGGCUCUUACCAAUAUCACCCGACCAGCAUCAGUACGGUGCCCUACUCCACCAAAGCCGGCAGCUACGAUCUGGGAUACUCCGCCUCUUAUAGUUCCUAUGCACCCUAUGGGACAAGGACGCCUCCGGUUAGCAACGAUCCUGCUGAGAAAGAAGAGGGCGAGCCCGAGAUCCGGAUAGUCAACGGGAAGCCAAAGAAAGUGCGGAAGCCAAGAACCAUCUACUCCAGCUUCCAGCUGGCAGCCUUGCAGCGGCGUUUCCAGAAGACCCAGUACCUGGCGCUGCCCGAGAGAGCUGAGCUGGCAGCCUCGCUAGGCCUCACCCAAACUCAGGUGAAGAUCUGGUUCCAGAACCGCCGGUCCAAGUUCAAGAAAAUGUGGAAAAGCGGCGAGCUCCCUGCCGACCAACUCCCCGGCGCCAGCGCCUCUCCGCCUUGCUCCUCGCCUCCGGCCUCAACCACUCUAGCCUGGGACUUUGCUCCUCACCCGCAGCGAAUGAGCACUGGAGGAGCCGCCAGCGGGGGCGGGGGCAGCGCGGGCUCCAGCCCCGGCGCUCCCGGCGGGACUGCUGCUUUCCUCGGUAACUACUCGUGGUACCACCAGGCCUCCAGCGCCGCCGCUUCCCACUUGCAAGCCGCCUCCCCGAUCCUGCAGCAAGGGCAGUCUCACCAGCACCACCCCCACCUCCAUCAUCACCACCACCACCACCACGGCGCUGCUGUCAGCGCAGGGACAAUUUUUUAACCGCACCAGGUUUGCUUGCUCACGCGCGCUGUCCCCCCACUCCCCAAGAGGAGGUCCGGGAAGGAGGGAGGGGGCCCCAUUCACAGCCCUUCUGUCUUCGCCGGACUGAGGUACACACAGCGCUAGUACUUUCUAAAGAAUCUAAUACUUUUCCCUACUCCAGCGUGAAUCAGUAACAGCUCCUGGCCAGGGGGUACUUUCUAUACCCAGAGAGAGACUGAGCCUUCCCUGAAGUUUGGACCUAAUCAGGUCUGGUUACACUCCCCGCGCGCGCGCACGCACACACACACACCCCUUCAAAUCAGAACACUCCUAAUUCAGUCAGCGGCUUUGAAAUCACUGGCAACAGUCCCAGCGACAACCAUGGAAUCCGGAUAAAGCUGUGGUCCUAAACUUGUUCCAAAAUGUUCAACAGAGUUUUCUCCUUCAGGGUUAUUUUUCCCCGUCCAGUGUUGUUUUACAUCCCUUCUUUUUCCAUUACAUCCACCGUGGGUUUUCCUACCGUCCGCCUACUAGUCUUCAGCAAAUAUUACUCUUUUAAAGAAAAUACAAAUCCAUUCUCCUCCCGUUCCCAUCAAAUCACUAGUGCAGAAUUUCUUAUUUAUUUUUAUUAUUAUUAUUUUUGUAAACGUUUUUAUAGGUGCCUUUGCAGAUGACCUCAUUUUGAUGUUGGGAAAGAAGAUAAAUAAUUUUUAUAUGUAGAUAUUUAAAAUUUAAAAAAAACAAACCAACCCAACUGUGUUUAAAUUAUCUUUUUUUUAAUGUUUGCAGGACUUUUUCUUCACAAGGAACAAUAUGUUUGUAAUAAAGUUGUUUGUGUUGACUUUUCCUCCUCUUGGCUUCUUGUAUAAAAAAAAAAGAGAGAGAGAGAAAAGGUUCAGUUCGACAGCCUGUAUUUGUUUGUUUUGUGAAACAAGAUUUGUUAAUGCCAUAAUUUUUCUCUUUCUCUCUGGGCAGCUCCCAUACAUUCUUUAUUAUUCUGUUUUAUAUGUUUCCUCUUCAGUGUCAAAAAUAAUAAGCUACUGAUUUUUUUUUCCUCGUUUAAACCUUUAAAAUCUAAAAGGGUAUUUUCUUGGUUAUUUAUUACAAAAGCGAACAAAAAUACUCAAUGUUACUUUUACAGUAUGAAAAGAUUAUUUAAAUAAAUUAUUGUUUCCACCGUCA